UCUAUUUAUAUGACUGAAGUGAUUAAAUAAUUGUAAAUACAUUAAUCACUUGUUCGUCUGACAGUUCUAUCGCUCAGGCAUAUAUUAUAUUAAUAUAUAUUUAGUCGUUUUAUGAAAACAAAACAUGUGGAAAUUAACUGCACUUGGUCUGGUAGGUACCUAUAUAUUCUGUUCUUUUUUUCUAUAAAAUUUAUUAAAAUAAUUCUGAAUUAAAUCUGUGUAAUAAUAUAGAUAUGCGUAUUCGUCGCAAUCGGCGAUGCAUACUGGUUCUGUAAAACUACUAAUAAUAUUGUUCGAGCUUUUGAAAAAUAUAACUUUGGAAAGAACAUUUCAAAUGGACUGCCGUGCAAAAAACUACUGGUAAUAACAGUACAAAAACAAUAUCUUUGAAAAACGUUUUUGACCAAAGUUUGGUUAAACAUUUUUUGAAAUCCUACGAAUCUUGACUACAGAUAAUAGAAUUUUGUAUAAACCCAUAAGAAUAACUAAUAACAUUUCCAAAGACUUUUGUAAAGUUAAACAAAUUUUAUCCACAUUAAACCAUAAAAAAAAUUUAAAACACACAUUCCAUAAAGCUAUUCCUAUCUACAUUCCUAUCUCCUAUAUAUUAGCUAUCUACGAAUAUUUUUAACCGAAUUACAAAAAAAAAAACAAGAAAAGUAGUAAGUAACUAGAAAAUAAUCUCGUACUAUAGUAAAACUGAUACAACCUUCGCAACACUCAGAAUCUAAAAUAAAAAUACCAUUAUUCGAUUUUUUACAAUUAUUCAAAGAACAACAAGGUAAAUCAAAAACUGGCUUAUCUAAUGUAGCACCUACUGUACUAUACUACCUAGACAACAUUUUCUUUUAGAAAUUAUACUACACUAUGUUUAUUUACCAUUUCUAUUUCAAAUAAUUUGUUAAUAGACAAAAUAAUCUAAAAAAGCAUAAAUCAUAAACCUAAUCUCUCAUAAUCUGAAUAUAAAUAGAUUAAUUUGAUCUAAAAUGAAAAAGAAAAAACGCAUAACUUAAGUAUUGCAACAGGUGACUUAUUUCGAAUGUAGUGUGGAAGUAAAAAUGGGCAAUGUACUCAAAUCCUUAGAGGUCGAAGAUGCACCGUCGGUACAUUGGGAAUGGGCUGAUGAAGACAAGAACUAUACGUUGAUUUUCACCGGUAAGUUAAUGGAAAUUUGUAUUGUUUUAAAUUCUGAGAGUCUUCUGCCAGAAUUCUUGCAUACAAAUGUUUAAUCAAAUUUAGCUCAGAAUCAUUUUUGGUAGGCAAAAAUUUAUCAUUGUAUAUAUUAAUAAAUACAGUGUGUCUUAACGUGUUCGACGAAUUUUUCUAGCAUUGUUAAUUUUAAAAUUGUUUCGAUUUUUUUUUCAUACGGUGUUUCUACAACUUUUCUACCAGAAAUCUUGCUCCGAUUUUCUUGUACAGUAUUUUUUUUGAAAGACACUUUAUCUUUAUGGUACUUUAGGGUGGUUAUUUUCGAAGUGGUUUACAUAAUAAUAGGGAAAAAAUGUAGAAAAACACGAAAAUGUACGUAUAUGUAUAAAAGAAACUUCGCUCCAAAUCAUUUUUUGUAGGCAAAUGUUUUUAUUGUUGUAUAUAAAUUAAAUUUCCCUCUAUAUCCCACCUUCCCAACUUUUAUUCUUCAACAGUAGCCCUCCUAUCAUGUGAAGUAUAUCCGUCGUUUUUAUAUUCAAAUUGACUAUUUCAAGCCAAAAACCAUACCCAUUGUGUGAAAUAUGUCUAGCUAUUAUAAUUUAUAAUUCAUGAUUUUUACACACAACGCAGACGCUGAUUACCAGAAUCAUAAAAACUCCAAACACGAAGAAUUUAUCCUAUGGAUGGUGGUAAACAUACCAGGUAACCAUGUCAAUUAUGGCGAAGAAAUAGUAGAAUAUAUACCUCCUAAACCAAAGAAUAAAACUGGUAAAGAAAUUCAAGAUAGAAAUGUUAAUAAUAAUAUAAUAUAAAAAAUAUGGACAACUCAUAAGUUUUGUAUUUUCCAGAACUUCAUCGGUGCAUAUUUUUGGUGUUUGAACAAGAGGAUGGAAAGUAUGACUUCGACGAUGUGAUACACAUAAAAAAAAAGUAAGUAACAAUAUUACAAUAAACAUACAAUGUCAAUGUCAUAUACAAGAGUAUCAUAAGCGUGCGCAGGCAUUGUUCGCAGGUGAUCCAUUCCUCUACUUAUCCCCCCCUUUCUUUACAAAGAGAUCCAUCUAAAGAUACGUACUAUACAGGCGCGGAGGGAUGAGAUUAGUUGUUAUCGAUUAUAUCUCCCCCAUUGACUUAAAAAUACAAAAAAGAAUAUGAGUGAUCUAAUAUCGAAGUGCAUAUAUUUCAGCCAAGUUACGAGGAAAAGUUUGGUUAGAAAUUGGUUUUUAUUUUAGAAUUCGAUUUUUAAAUCACCAAUUCACAUAGUCGAGUUAUCUAGAGAUGGUGACAACGAUUUAUUCAAGAUUUUUAUUUGUUACAUUCCCUCCCAUUGAAAAUUCCUGGGCACGUCACUGAAACUAUAUAACUAAAUAGAUGCCAAACUCUAUAUUCUACAGUGUAUACGUUUUGGAAGACAAGUAGCCAAUAGAUUAGGCAAUUUUUAUAAUCUGUAAUUAAUAUUAUUGCGAUAAUGUGAAGAUAAAUUCAAAAACGCAGUUUUAUAUCCAUGUAUUUCAUAAUUAAUGAGCAAAACAAAAUAUAGGUUUCCUACAGAUACUGCAUGUGUAUACGAAAAAUAAUGUUAAAAUAAAUAUUUACCUACAAUAACUUUGUGUGUACAAAAUUAUAAAGGAAAGGUGUAGUUAACUAUUGUAACAGUCGUGUAAAGAGGAUUGUGGGAGCGUAUCUCACAUGGGCCUUUGAUGUGUCUAUAAUUUUAGCACCCCUAUUUACCCACCUACAACAGUGGCCGCACUUGCUCCCAAUAUUAGCUUUUAUUUACUCAUUGAUAAAUUUUUCUAGCAUGGCACUGCACAUAGCACAUCAAAUCAUUUUCAAUAUUUUGAAAUUUUGAUUAUUUACAUUUUAUGUUGGCAGGAAUUAAUAUUAUAAAAACUUGUCUCUAUGUAUCUAUGCUAUACUAUAUCUUAUAGUGAACAAUUUGAAAAAAAAUAUCUUUAAUUCUAUCGUUAAAAUUUUUUAAUUUUUUUUACUUAUGAGCCUACCCCCAAAACUACUCUAGGAAUUUUUUUUUUGUACUUCAUUUCAUUUAUACAUUAUACAGGUAGGUUAGUAUACAAGGUGUAACUAAUAUUUAAGUUAUUAAUAGUUUGUUAAUGUUCUUAUUUGUAUUAAUGUAGUUAUCAUAUUAUGAUAAAAAUUAAAUUUUAAUUUAUAAAAAUAUAUAUUUUUAGUAACAUUGAUGCCCGGAGAAAUUUUUCAACCAAUAAAUUUGUAUUGCAGAACAAUUUAAUAUUAGUACCAACAGGUGGUAAUUUCUUUUUAGCCAAAUAUUCUGCUCCAGAUGCACACAAAAACUGUUGAGCAAAAGUGGCUCAUUAAUAUUUAUAACAUUUUAAGUAAGUUUUCUUAUUAUCUCAUGAAAUUAAUAUUGGCUAUGCAUCUUCUUAUUAAGAUUUAUUAAUAUUAUUAUGCAAAAAUAUUAGUAAUUAUAAAAUACCAAUUAUUUUAUUUCCAUAAAUAUUAUUUUUUCUUUAAACCAAUUCAAUUCUAUAUUUGUACGGUUUAUUUAAUAUCACAAUUCAUACGAAUGCUAUUCUAUACUACAUAUAUUUUAUCAAUAUAUUACAAGUGUUUAUAAUAUUAAAAAGGAAAUACAGUCGACUCUCGAUAAUUCGAAGUUGGUGGGAUUCAUAAAAAAUUUCGAAUUACCGAGAGUUCGAGUUGUUCCGAGUAGUUAGAAAUAUGGAGAGAGCAAAAAAAAUAAUUUUUGUUUUUUUUAUUAUUAUAUAAUAAUAAAUAAUAAAUAAUAUAAUUUUUUAUUAUAAUUAUUCUAUAUUUCAGCAUAUUAGGGAGGGGGGGGGGGUAUUACAAUAUUUAUAUUGGCUUUCGACAAGUUAAAAUACGAUAAGAGAGAAAAUUAAGAAAUAAAAUACUUACGAUAAAGUACUUAGAGUACUUCUCGUAAGAGAAUAAUUGUAUAGUUAAGUAUUGAAAAUAAUAAUAAAAUAACGAAAAGAUUAUAAAAAAAUUAAUUUGGCGAAUAUACUUUAAAUUGCCGAGUGUUGAACUGAUUUAACUUCAAACUGUCACGUGUUAAUGACCAGUUUUCCUAACAUUAAAUUUCGAAUUAGCGAGGGUAAUUAAAUUAAUGAGUUUUUAUUCGAAUUGCCGCGAAAUUUUCUAAAGAACGAACAUUAACUUCAAAUUAGCGAAAGCUUCGAAUUAUCAAGGAUUUUAAUUAUCGAGAGUGGAUAAUUACCUAUGAUGUCUAUUGUCUAAUACAUAAAACUAUUUUCUUGUUAUAAUUAAUUGCAAUUUGGAUUUAUAAGAUUUAAAUAGUAUAAUUUACUAAUAAAUUCAU